ACUCUGGGGUUGGUUGGGAUUGCGCACGACUCCAAAUCAACUAUUUUUUAUUUUAUUGCGCAAAAAAAAAAAAAGUCGGCUGAAGUCGGAGGACGUGAUCGGAGGUUCCAGUAGAAUCCCGUCCGAGCGGGACAACGUGUAAGUUGGCCGUUAUCUUUGGCGGAAGAGAGAUGCUCUCUCUCCCACACGCGGGCGCACACAGUGACUGAGCUCUGCUGCAUUCGCCUCAAUAAUGGAGGCUCUGAUGAUCAAUGCCGUGACACCCUCGCUGGCGCGGUUCCCGAGCCGCAGGGUGCCCGCGCAGAGCCACCAGAGACCUUCCAAUGUCUUCGCACUCUGCUGUUGGAGGAAGGAUGGGGAGACCAAUGAAAUAUCUGGCACUCCUCUGCACAUGGAGUUAGAAAAUCGUGGAGAUGGGGACCCGUCUGAGGAGAGAUUUCAACCUUCUAAUGUGGAAUCGGAAGCAAAGCAGAAGGACAUUUGGGGGCUUUUCAAAGAGGCUCAACAAAAUAUACUGUACUUAAACAAGCAACGCAUCAAAGCUUUAGAGGAGCUGGAUCGAGCGUAUAGAGAGAAGCAACUAUUGCUUGACAAGAUAGAGCAGCUAGAGGCUAAAAAGCAAGCUGGUGUUGGACGAGAUAACCUAUCGAUCUGCUGGGAGUUGCUGCUCCGGAUAGACUCCAUGGUUCUGACUGGCUUAGUUAAUGUGGAGGAGGCAUCCAAUUUGAGGAAGUUAAUCAUGGAAUCUAGAGCUAUUACAGCUGAUAUCUUCUCUGGCAUUCUGGACAAAAGACAUGCUGAACUUCUUGCAGAGGUCCGCAACUUUGCCAAUGGAAGUAGGAGGAAAGGCUUCCACAUUGUCCAUAUAUGCACUGAAAUGGAACCACUGGUCUCAAUCGGAUCUUUGGCAUCAUAUGUGACAGGCUUGAGUCGUGCCCUUCAAAGAAAGGGCCACAUGGUUGAGGUUAUUUUGCCAAAGUAUGCAAGCCUGGACCUGGAUAAAGUUGAAGGCCUGAGAGAAAUCAAGGCAGAGUCUUACUCAUACUUCAAUGGGCAACUUCGUGGGAACAGAAUCUGGACUGGUGUUAUCUAUGGAAUUGGAGUGACUUUCAUAGAACCUUUGUAUUACUCGUCAUUUUUCAACCGAGAUAGGGUAUAUGGCUACUCAGAUGACUUUGAACGGUUCAUUUAUUUCUCCCGUGCUUCGUUAGAUUAUUUGGUUAAAUCUGGAAAGAAGCCUGAUGUGAUACACGUGCACAAUUGGGAAACUUCAGUUGUAGGGCCACUUUUCUGGGAUAUAUUUGUUAAACAGGGACUUGAAAGCACAAGAAUAGUACUUACAUGCCAUGACCUUCAGUCGCAGUGUCUCGAGCAACCUGAUAAGCUAGCACUAUGCGGACUUGAUCCUGCUCAACUUCACCGUCCAGAUCGUCUCCAAGAUAAUGCCAAGGCAUCACUUGUUAACUUGUUGAAGGGUGGAGUUGUUUACUCAAAUAAAGUGGUGAUAGUGUCCUCCUUUCAUUCAAAAGGAAGGAUUAUUCGUGACUUCAGCCAUGGAUUAGAGCCUACAUUAGCAAUACACAAAGAGAAGUUGCUGGUCACUCCUCCAGGAUUUGACAACUCAAAAUGGGAUCCUUUUACGGACAGAUUUCUUCCCAAAACCUAUAGUGCAGAUAAUAUGGAGGGUAAAGUUGUCUGCAAAGUUGCAUUGCAGCAGCAAGUGACCUUACCUGCUAAUGCUUCAGUCGCACUUGUUGGAUGCAUCUUAGAAGAAGUAUCAGAUAUCGAUCUCAAAGCUCUGAAGAAAAUUAUUUGGGGCAACACAAAGAAGAACGUUCAGUUUAUCUUCACGAGGAUGGGCAAAAUGCAGAGUCCUGAUAAGGUUCUCGAAUCCUUUGUGGAAGAAGUCAAGGAUAAGAACGUGAGAUUUAUAAACAGGGAUGAUGAGGCUUUAUUGCAUUUGAUCUGUGCGGGAUCUGAUAUAAUUUUGUGUCCCCAGCAUGAUCCUGUGCACCAAGUACCGCUAAAGGCAUUGAAGUAUGGAGCUGCUCCAAUUGCAUUGAUUGCUGAUGAUGAUCGAUUCAGACACUUUGUAGAUCACGAAUAUGAGACCUCAAAGUACUCGCGGUUCAUCCCUUCUACCUUUGGAAACAUGUCAAUCAGCCAAGCCAUAGACGAAAUGAUUAGCAACCCUUCCAAAUGGAAGCGAAAUAUAGCAGAAGCAAUGGAGAAGGACUUCUCCUGGGACGCAGAGUGCUCCAACGUGCACAUUUCAGCUUAUGAAGCCGUAAAGAACUUGUAAAUGUGGUUUAGCUAUACUGUAAACUACGCGUUCAUGUAAUCAUCGAAAAAAGAAAAAAUAAUAACAGACAUGCGAAGAUAUCAGAUGGCCGGAUGUAUUUUUUGACCGAAAGGAAUAAUAUAUAGAAGAUCACACAUCUGUAAAUUUUUAUGUUCGAUACAGUAUUUAUCGACUCAUCGGAGCUAUGGUAACGGAAAGCCAUGUCAGUUUUCCAUUUUCAUGGGAGCAAA